AUGGAGUACUCGUUACUUAUAGCAGUCGGUUUCCUUUGUGAUUUUUCAUGUGUUGGUUGCAUCUCAGACCUCGACUGGGCGUUGAAGAUGCAUAGCAGCAGGGCAGAGGAUAUCACGCCUAGGGAGGUCAAGAAGAGGAGGAGAAUUCACAUGGCCAAUGCACGAGAUGGUUGCGGGGCGUCGAUUCCGUAUGAGAUGAUCAUAGAGGUGCUGCAGUGGCUCCCCGUCAAAUCUAUCUUCCGCUUCCGGGCAGUUUGUCGCUCCUGGGAGGCGCUACUCUCCUCCGAUGAAUUCCGCUGCCUCCAUAUGGCAGCAGCUAAGGAUGCAAGGCGGCGGGCACCACCACCCAAGCUGCUAUACAUCUCACCUACCACCACAUUCGACUCCACCGCGGUCUACUCGUGCUCCUUCUCGCCAUCAUCAUCAUCUAGCCGCCCCAGAGAUCGCGGGGACCUACUGUUCACCAUCGAUGGCGCCCGUGGCAACUGUGUGGAAGUAGUGACCCCCGUGCCAUGCCACGGCCUCACCCUCCUCUACGACGCUGUCGGCGCAGCUUUCUACAUCUGCAACGCGGCAACACGAGCUGCUACGCGUCUGCCAGCGUCCACUGAGGAACGAGCAUCCAGAUCCGCUGCUGGGCUGGGGUUUGAUGCCCGCACAGAUGAGUACAAAGUGGUGAGGUUGAUCAAUGGGUUGUCUUAUCAGAAGGACAUGGUGAGGUGUGAAGUUUACACGCCUGGAGGCCGCUUUGGAGAUCGCUGGAGGCCGCCUGCCGGAGGAGUACCCUCCAGCUUGCAUCAGUUUGUAUAUGCUGCUGUUACAAAUGCGGAAUUGAACAAAUUACCUCCUGUGUUUGCCAACGGUUGCCUUCACUGGUUGAUGAGACCUGCCUCUUUCAUCACGACUCCAAGUGUUGCCAUCGUGUCCUUCUCGGUGGCAGAAGAGACCUUCACAUGUCUCCGGUCCCCGCCCUUCUGGGUACCAGGAGCGCCGCCAAACAGGUAUGGGUUGUCCAAAGAGCAACUAGUGGAGAUGGAUGACCAACUAUGUUUGGUCCGAGAUACUCGCAACACAAUCCUUUAUGUUAACGUUUUGGAGAUCUGGAAACUGCCAGACUAUAGCUCGGGUGACUGGUUACUGAGUCAUCGGAUCAAUUUGUCGAGCCACCUGGCAAGAGAUUUACGCGAAUCAGAAAUUCUGAGAGUCAUUGGGUGUUUUGGCAUCACUUCCAGGUCGCCAAGGAAGAAGAUAGUCAUCACUACGAGCAAGCACAAGAUUUUCGACAAGUAUCAGAAAAUGGUUCACACCUAUGACCCUAGGUCCGAAGCUCUAGAAACCAUUCUUUCAAUCACGGAGACGCACUCAACUCCAUAUUAUGGGCCCCCAAGUUCAAGGUUUAGUUUCAUUCAAGACACCCUUGCUCCUGUGCAUAAAACAGAUGAAGAGAUAGCCUUGUCAUCUGAGCUGGCUAAGGUGACUGGAGAGAUCCUACUCCACCUCCCAGCUAAAGCAGUGAUACACUCCAAAUUUGUGUGCAAGCAGUGGUUCAGAUUGAUUGAGAGUGACAAAUUCAUUCAGUCAUACUUUCAGCAUAAAAACAUGGACAAAAGACUUAAGGUCAUGCUUGUGGUCAAGGGCACUGGACAAUUGGGCUUCAGUUUUGCUCCCUUGAAUAAAUGCCUCCAAGAAGCUCCUAGUAACAGUAGAUUACUUGAUACAAAGGUGGUUUGCUCCAAGCCUUGCCAUGGGCUGAACUUGGUAAGCACCGAGACGUACGACUAUCUCUGCAACCCAUGUACAGGUUACCACAUGUUCUACUCGUUGGGGCCAAGUUUGCUGCAGAGAAUGCCUAAAGCAGAAGAGCAUGCUUUCACAGUCGGCAAUAAGAAUAUUGGCUUGACUUUCGACCCUUUGACUCAACAACAUGUUAUGGUGGCAAUUUUCUAUCGCCGGAAGGACUUCAAAUCUCGUCAAUAUGACCUGAGAUGCACGUUACGCUGGUGUGACUCUCGGGAUCGCCCCCAACUGAGCUCGGUACCGCCUCUGCCUGUGAAUGACAUGCCACCGGCGUAUGUGGAAGGAAUGCUGUACUGGAUGAGUGAACCAAGGUUGGGACCGAGCUGUGAAUGGAACAUUGUUUCUUUCAACCUUGCUACAAGAAUUUUUGAUGUUGUCCCUUGCCCUUCGUGGUUUGCAAGAUGGAAUAGCAGAAACCAUUGUCGUGCAUUUGUUGUUGAGCUCGAGGGAGUGUUAUGUGCUGUUCUAGCAGAUCCAAUGGCAGAAAAAUUAGAUGUAUGGAAGCUAGAGCAUGGCCAAUGGGGCAGAGCAUACACAAUUCACCUGGAAGCAUAUCCUGAAUACUCCCUUAAGACAGGUGUGGUGGUGCCAUUAGCUGUUGAUCGCGAUCAUGGGAGGAUCCUGCUCAACACUGGAAGGAAAAUAGGACUGUACGAUCCAGUAGAGCAAGCAAUUCAAAAUUUGUAUUCACUUGAUCAGGUGCCGGUUGUCAGAAGCUGUAGUCCACACCACCAUAAGUUUCUUGAUAUGCCUUCAACUUCAUCAGCGAAUAGUUUGACAUGCUCCAAAGAAGACCCAGCGGCGGAGUUGAAUAGAAUGGACUCUAAGAUGAUUCCUUGUGUUCCAAUGUUAUAUGAGGAGAGCUUGGCAUGUUACACCCGUGUGCCCAAAAAACAAUUGCUGUGGUGA